AUGGGCAGAAAAAUAACCAAUCCGGUUAGUGGGUUGUUUUUUAAGUACAAUCAUCAGAAAGAUGAGUCCUCAUGUACCGUUGAAGGAUGUCCGAAAAUAUUGGACCAAGCCAAGGAAGAAAUUAAAAAUAAUAAAGUUGUUCAAAAUGUAAAGCGUUCAUCAGAUGACUCAACUGUUCAACUUUCAUCCAAGAAACGAGGUCCAUUAGAUGGUAUGAUUACAGUUCUUAAGAAAAGCUAUCAUGUAAAAUUGGAUAAAGUUACAUUGCUGCAAGCAUGUACAGAAAUGGUAACCGUAAAUGGCCGUCCUUUAACUAUAUUCAAUGAUUCAGGCUUAUUAGUGGAAUAAUAAAAAAAAUAUACCGACGUUGCCAGCAAAAUCAAAUAAAAAUAAAAUAAACAUUGGAAAAAAAAAACAAAAAAUAAU